AUGCAUGGGUGCGGCCUAUCCGGCUCCAUCCCGACCACCAUAGGGCGCCUCACCAACCUGAGCUACUUCCUGGUCAACCAGAACCGCCUCUCGGGCUCCCUGCCCGCACAGAUAGGCACUCUCCCGCGCCUCUACAUGCUUGACGUCAUGGAGAAUCAGCUGGAAGGGGCUCUGCCAAAGUUCGAGGGUGCAAAUGAGCUCAACCACCUCCACAUGAGCAACAACCUCUUCACGUCUGUUCCAGCAGAGAUCAGCAGACUGCCCAAACUGCUGCACCUCUACUGCAGCCACCACUUCACCCUCUCGCCUCCUUCAUCUCUCCCCUCUGCUCCCUUGCGGGCUCCCUUGCUUGCUCCCUUGCUUGCUCCCUCCAUUUCCUCCCUCCGCUGUUCCCACCCACUCAUUUCCCUCCCUUCUCCCUUCCCCACCUCUCUCCCUUCCUUCCCCACUCCCUUCCCUCCCCUCCUCACUUUCCCUCCCCUUCGCCCUCUCUUCCCUCCCAAUCCAUUCCCUUCCCCAACCCUUCCCCUUCUCUCCCUUCCCUCCACCCCACCCUGCCCCAUCAACCAGCUACUGGAGCAACAACAUACUACCCGGCCCCUUCCCUUCCACCUGGUUCUUCCCCCGACUCAAGGACUUACCGUUUCUCCCCUUCACCCCCCUUCUCUCCCCCACUCCCCCUUUCCCCCUUCCCUUCCCUUCUCCAUCCCCCUCCCGCAUUGCCUCCCCUUCACCUUCCGCAUCGCCUCCCAGGGAUCUGAGCACCAACAGUUUCACCGGCUCCAUCCCAGGCUCUCUGUUUUGGCAGCACCCCAACCUCGUCAACCUGUCAGUUCAUCUCCUCUGUUUGUGUUUCCUACCCUGCGCAACCAGCUCAGCGGCGCCCUGCCAGACCUCUCAUCUCUUCCCCCCAGCAUUGUGUCGCUCUCCCUCUUGUUUUUCUAUCCCACCUUUCAUCCAUCUCCCAGCUUCCUAUCCGGCAACCAGCUCAGCGGUCCCCUGCCGGACCUCUCAUCGCUGCCCAGCAUCGUGUCGCUCUCCCUCUUUGACAACUCCCUCUCUUCCCUGCCGCCCGCAUUGCUCGCCAAGAGCAACAACUAUGUUCGUGAAACCAACAAUGCUGCUGCUGUUGUCACUACUAUAGCAUCCCCUCUGUUCCACCCCCUCUUGUCCACCAUCACUUUUCUCUCUCUUUUCACCUCCUCCUCCCCUUCUUUCCCGCUCCUCUAUUCCCUGCUCCUCCCCUUCUUCCUUCUCUCCCCCUUCCACCUCCUCCUCACCUUUCCCUUCUCUCUUUCCCUGUUCCCCCCUGCUCCCAUCUGCCCAACUCUGCCUCACAGGCUGUUCAACAACGAUCUCUGCAAGCCAUUCAAUCCAAACUACACGCAACUCUGCUCCCCCCCGACUCCGCUCACCCAAUACACUGCCCCUGCUUUCUGUGACGGCCUCGCCUGCCAGAACGACCUCUACAGCCCUAGCGCACCGCUCUAUAACAAGUCGCUCUCCUGCGUGUGUGUGUCCCCGUUAAGAGUCGACCUGCAGCUGUUUAUAUCGGAUUUCGUGGUAUACCAUGAGGCGCUGGUGCAACAGUUGGAGCAGCGGAUCUUCUCUGAGCUCAACAGCAAGUCUCAGAUCAACAUCACGAGGCUGCAGGUCCUCAUCUCUUCCAUGAGCAGCGGCGCCUCCCUCGACUCACUCGCAUCAACCGUCCCUUCCAACCACACCACAUGUCCUCGUCUCUUCCAUCAGCAGCAGUGCCUCUCUCUCCUCCCUUGCAUCACACCACAGGCCACAUGCCAUCCCCAAAGCCCACCACUCACGAAUCAAAAACUUAAUUUCUCAUACUUUCCCUUCCACUCCCUUCUUUUCCCCUCCUCCCCUACCAACCACCAGGUCCUCGUCUCUUCCAUCAGCAGCGGCGCCUCUCUCUCCUCGCUCGCCUCCACCUUCGCCUCGGAGCACAUCAACCACCAGUCCACGCUCAUCAUCACCGUUCUCUUCUUCCCGCCGGGCGGCGACGGCAGCUGGUACCCGCGAGACACACCGCAGGCCAUCCGCAACGCCCUCACCUUCGCGGGACCUGGCCCCUAUACCCCCCCAUCGCCGCAGCAAACUGCUUCCUCUGGGCUGAGCACAGGUGCCAUCGUGGCCAUCUCAGUGUCUUCCGCUGCUGUUGCUAUUGCCCUCAUUGUGCUUCUUCUCAUGCGCCCCUGGGAGAGGAGAGGAGACCUGUGGAGUUCAGAGGACUACAGGGCGCCUGAGGGGCUGCAGAUGCUGGGCGUGCGUCGGUGCAAGCUCAAGGAGAGGCAAUAUGUGCUCCCCACCCCUCCCAUCUCUCCCCUCCCCUCCCCUUCCCUUCCCACCUCUCUUCACCCCUUCCCACCUCUCUGUUCUCCUACAACAGGAGACCAGUGGAGCUCGGAGGACUACAAGGCGAUAGAGGGGCUGCAGAUGCUGGGCGUGCGUCGGAGCGAGCUCAAGGAGAGGCAAUAUGUGCUCCCCACCCCUCCCCAUCUCUCCCCACCCGUCCGCUUCCCUUCCCACCCCUCUUCACCCCUUCCCACCUCUCUGUUCUCCUACAACAGGAGACCUGUGGAGCUCGGAGGACUACAAGGCAAUAGAGGGGUUGCAGAUGCUAGGGGUGCGUCGGUGCAAGCUCAAGGACAUAGCGGAUGCGACCCAGGGGUUCAAGACGCUACUGGGGGAGGGCGGAUACGGACAGGUGUGUAUGGGGAGUGGUUGGGGCAGCUUCACUUCCCAUGCCUCUUCCCAUGCCUCUUCCCAUGCCUCUUCCCUUGCCUCUUCCCAUGCCUCUUCCCAUGCCUCUUCCCAUGCCUCUUCCCGUGCCUCCUCCCAUGCCUCUUCCCAUGCCUCUUCCCAUGCCUCUUCCCAUGCCUCCUCCCAUGCCUCUUCCCAUGCCUCUUCCCAUGCCUCUUCCCAUGCCUCUUCCCGUGCCUCCUCCCAUGCCUCUUCCCAUGCCUCUUCCCAUGCCUCUUCCCAUGCCUCUUCCCAAACCUCUUCCCAUGCCUCUUCCCAUGCCUCUUCCCAUGCCUCUUCCCAUGCCUCUUCCCAUGCAUCUUCCCAUUCCUCUUCCCAUGCCUCGCUCCAUGCCUCUUCCCAUGCCUUUUCCAUGCCUCUUCCCAGUGUCUGACCAUUCUCAGGUGUACUGAGUGGUGCUGGUCUCAGGGGGAGCAGCACAGAAAAGCUCUGCCUUCACCUCGUCUCCCGUUUCUGCUCCCCAUGCCUUGCCUAUCUGCUCCCCAUGCCUUGCCUAUCUGCUCCCCAUGCCUUGCCUAUCUGCUCCCCAUGCCUUGCCUAUCUGCUCCCCAUGCCUUGCCUAUCUGCUCCCCGUGCCUUGCCUAUCUGCUCCCCAUGCCUUGCCUAUCUGCUCCCCAUGCCUUGCCUAUCUUCUCCCCAUGCCUUGCCUAUCUGCUCCCCAUGCCUUGCCUAUCUGCUCCCCAUGCCUUGCCUAUCUGCUCCCCAUGCCUUGUCUAUCUGCUCCCCAUGCCUUGCCUAUCUGCUCCCCAUGCCUUGCCUAUCUGCUCCCCAUGCCUUGCCUAUCUGCUCCCCAUGCCUUGCCUAUCUGCUCCCCAUGCCUUGCCUAUCUGCUCCCCAUGCCUUGCCUAUCUGCUCCCCAUGCCUUGCCUAUCUGCUCCCCAUGCCUUGCCUAUCUGCUCCCCAUGCCUUGCCUAUCUGCUCCCCAUCGUCUCCCGUUUCUGCUCCCCAUGCCUUGCCUAUCUGCUCCCCAUGCCUUGCCUAUCUGCUCCCCAUGCCUUGCCUAUCUGCUCCCCAUGCCUUGCCUAUCUGCUCCCCAUGCCUUGCCUAUCUGCUCCCCAUGCCUUGCCUAUCUGCUCCCCAUGCCUUGCCUAUCUGCUCCCCAUGCCUUGCCUAUCUGCUCCCCAUGCCUUGCCUAUCUGCUCCCCAUGCCUUGCCUAUCUGCUCCCCAUGCCUUGCCUAUCUGCUCCCCAUGCCUUGCCUAUCUGCUCCCCAUGCCUUGCCUAUCUGCUCCCCAUGCCUUGCCUAUCUGCUCCCCAUGCCUUGCCUAUCUGCUCCCCAUGCCUUGCCUAUCUGCUCCCCAUGCCUUGCCUAUCUGCUCCCCAUGCCUUGCCUAUCUGCUCCCCAUGCCUUGCCUAUCUGCUCCCCAUGCCUUGCCUAUCUGCUCCCCAUGCCUUGCCUAUCUGCUCCCCGUGCCUUGCCUUUCUGCUCCCCGUGUCUUGCCUAUCUGCUCCCCAUGCCUUGCCUAUCUGCUCCCCAUGCCUUGCCUAUCUGCUCCCCAUGCCUUGCCUAUCUGCUCCCCAUGCCUUGCCUAUCUGCUCCCCAUGCCUUGCCUAUCUGCUCCCCAUGCCUUGCCUAUCUGCUCCCCAUGCCUUGCCUAUCUGCUCCCCAUCGUCUCCCGUUUCUGCUCCCCAUGCCUUGCCUAUCUGCUCCCCAUGCCUUGCCUAUCUGCUCCCCAUGCCUUGCCUAUCUGCUCCCCAUGCCUUGCCUAUCUGCUCCACAUGCCUUGCCUAUCUGCUCCCCAUGCCUUGCCUAUCUGCUCCCCAUGCCUUGCCUGCUCCCCAUGCCUUGCCUAUCUGCUCCCCAUGCCUUGCCUAUCUGCUCCCCAUGCCUUGCCUAUCUGCUCCCCAUGCCUUGCCUAUCUGCUCCCCAUGCCUUGCCUAUCUGCUCCCCGUGCCUUGCCUUUCUGCUCCCCGUGUCUUGCCUAUCUGCUCCCCAUGCCUUGCCUAUCUGCUCCCCAUGCCUUGCCUAUCUGCUCCCCAUGCCUUGCCUAUCUGCUCCCCAUGCCUUGCCUAUCUGCUCCCCAUGCCUUGCCUAUCUGCUCCCCAUGCCUUGCCUAUCUGCUCCCAUGCCUAUCUGCUCCCCAUGCCUUGCCUAUCUGCUCCCCAUCGUCUCCCGUUUCUGCUCCCCAUGCCUUGCCUAUCUGCUCCCCAUGCCUUGCCUAUCUGCUCCCCAUGCCUUGCCUAUCUGCUCCCCAUGCCUUGCCUAUCUGCUCCACAUGCCUUGCCUAUCUGCUCCCCAUGCCUUGCCUAUCUGCUCCCCAUGCCUUGCCUGCUCCCCAUGCCUUGCCUAUCUGCUCCCCAUGCCUUGCCUAUCUGCUCCCCAUGCCUUGCCUAUCUGCUCCCCAUGCCUUGCCUAUCUGCUCCCCAUGCCUUGCCUAUCUGCUCCCCAUGCCUUGCCUAUCUGCUCCCCAUGCCUUGCCUAUCUGCUCCCCAUGCCUUGCCUAUCUGCUCCCCAUGCCUUGCCUAUCUGCUCCCCAUGCCUUGCCUUUCUGCUCCCCAUGCCUUGCCUUUCUGCUCCCCAUGCCUUGCCUUUCUGAUUCCCAUGCCUUGCCUAUCUGCUCCCCGUAACUUCAGGCAUUUGCCAUGCCUCUCCUUCGUCCCGUGCCGGACCCACUCUCAGGUGUACCGGGGAGUGAUGGAAUCAGGGGAGGUGGUGGCAGUGAAACGAGCCAAGGGGCACGUGAAGCUAUGUGGCACAGAGUUCCGCCACGAGAUCCAGCUGCUCUCAGCCGUGCGCCACCGCAUCCUGCUGUGCGGCACUGAGUUCCGUGUCGGGGUUACUCCCCUCUCCUUCCUCACUCAUCUCUUGCCCUUGCCUCUUCCCUGGCUUCUGACCUCACCUUCUUCCCUUCCUUCUUAUUCUGGCCUUUCCCCACCUUGUGCUGUCCCCACUCCUGCUGCCCUGUUCCCUUCUUCGUUCUCUCGUCUUCUGUGCGGCACUGAGUUCUGCAACGAGAUUCAGCUGCUCUCAGCCGUGCGCCACCGCAACCUGCUGUGCGGCACUGAGUUUCGCAACGAGAUCCAGCUGCUCUCAGCCGUGCGCCAUCGCAACCUCGUGCAGCUGAAGGGCUUUUGUGUGGAGGGGGGCGAGCAGCUACUGGUGUAUGAGUUCAUUGAGAGGGGCACGCUGGAAGAUCUGCUGAGAGCCGACUCAAAGCACCCGCUGACGUGGCGGAAGCGCAUUGACAUCGCGUGUGGUGCAGCGAGUGGGUUUGCGUAUCUGCACCAUCAGAUCAAGCCGCCCAUCAUUCACCGCGAUGUGAAGACGGUUAACAUCCUCGUCACAGCGGGCCUAGAAGCCAAGUUUGCUGACUUGGGAAUUUCCAAAACGGACAACAUCCUGGUCACAGCGGGCCUCGAGGCAAAGGUGUCCGACUUUGGAAUCUCCAAGGCGGUUCCAGAGGAGGUGGAGAAGGGCGGGAGGCUGGACACGCAAGUGAAAGGGACUGUGGUGAGUGCAGGGGGUAGGGUGGGGGGAAGGGGAGGAGGGAGGGAGGAGAGGGGGGGUGAUUGA